CACCCUCCACGAGUCAGAGAGAGAAGUUCUGCAGCAGAGAGCCUUUUCUACUCAUGGAGGAUCCCAGGGGGAGCGAUAACCCUGAUCAUCCAGGGUACCAAAUUGCACAGGGAGCUUACACAAGUGGAGCAGGCUCUCCGUUUCAGAAGUUCUGUCACCACCACAUGGAGGGCAACAGUGAUGCAAGGGAGGAGUUGAGGGGUCAAGGAGCGUCCCCGGCUGGGGCGAUGUGCCUCCAGACCUGACACCGGAGGAGAGGCUAGAGUUGGAGAACAUCCGCCGGCGGAAGCAAGAGCUCCUGGUGGAAAUCCAGCGGCUGCGUGAUGAGCUCAGUGAAGCCAUGAACGAGGUGGAGGGGCUGGAAGCCAAUGAGGGAAGUAAAACCCUUCAGAGGAACCGGAAGAUGGGAAUGGGCCGCAAAAAAUUCAACAUGGAUCCCAAAAAAGGAAUCCAGUUUCUGGUGGAAAAUGAGCUGCUGCGUUCCACUCCUGAGGACAUUGCCCGCUUCCUCUACAAAGGGGAAGGACUCAACAAGACGGCCAUUGGCGACUACCUGGGCGAGCGGGAGGAGUUUAAUAUCGCCGUGCUCCACGCCUUUGUUGAUUUGCAUGAAUUUACAGACCUCAAUCUUGUGCAGGCACUCAGGCAGUUCCUGUGGAGUUUCCGAUUGCCAGGAGAAGCCCAGAAGAUUGACCGCAUGAUGGAGGCCUUUGCACAGCGGUAUUGUCUGUGCAAUCCAGGGGUCUUUCAGUCAACAGAUACCUGUUACGUCCUCUCCUUCGCGGUGAUCAUGCUCAACACCAGCCUUCACAACCCCAAUGUCCGUGACAAGCCCACCGUUGAGAGGUUCAUCACCAUGAACCGCGGCAUCAACGACGGAGGGGACUUGCCUGAGGAACUGCUGCGGAACCUGUACGACAGCAUCCGCAACGAGCCCUUCAAGAUCCCUGAGGAUGAUGGGAACGACUUGACCCACACUUUCUUUAACCCUGACCGCGAGGGCUGGCUCCUCAAGCUGGGAGGAGGGCGAGUGAAGACGUGGAAGAGACGCUGGUUCAUCUUGACGGACAACUGCCUCUAUUACUUUGAAUACACCACAGACAAGGAACCAAGAGGAAUCAUCCCACUGGAGAAUCUGAGCAUUCGGGAAGUGGAAGACCCACGGAAGCCAAACUGCUUUGAGCUCUACAUUCCCAACAACAAGGGCCAGCUCAUCAAAGCCUGCAAGACAGAGGCAGACGGGCGCGUGGUGGAGGGGAACCACAUGGUCUACCGCAUUUCGGCACCUACGCAGGAGGAGAAGGAUGAGUGGAUCAAAUCCAUCAAGGCUGCCGUGAGUGUGGAUCCUUUUUACGAAAUGCUGGCUGCCCGCAAAAAACGGAUCUCGGUGAAGCAGAAACAGGAGCAAGCAUGAGGCAGGGAUUCUGUCCUGCACCUUUCUCCUGGCAGGGUACCUUUCUGCAUCCUCGCUUGGACCUUUUGACAACCCACCUGUGUUGAGCUCCAUGAAACCAGCCCCCGUCCCCUUCUUUGGAUCGUUGGACCACCCCACCACUUUGCCAGCCUGAUGGCAUGCCAGCACACCCGAUGCCCUCCUUGCUUGCCUCUGCUCUGGAGCUUCCACUUGACCUUUUGGAAUUUGCCUGUGGGCAUAACCUUGGAGACUGUUCACACCAUGGUGUCUGCAGAGUGUGAAGACAGCAUUCCUGUUCUGGGGCAGCUUCUCCUCUGAUCUACUUGUCUUAGGCCCUCCGCAGACUCAGGUGGACGUCUCUGAAGCCCAUCGUGGCUAAGAGGGUGACACUCUUGAACCAUGUUAAGAGAACGUUUCCUGCUCGAUUGGACCUUUCGGAUUCUGCCUCCCAGCUUAGAGCCAAUCUACACGUUCAGAAUAAGGAACUGGGAAAGCUCUUUUAGGACCGUACCACUUCAGAAUGCAGAUGGGGAAACCCAGGUCCCCUUCCUAAAAAUAGCACCCCGCACAGCUGAGCAAAGUACAUGCAAGAGUAAGCUUGUGCAUCUUUCUGACAUGCUAGAGUUCUGUGUUUGGGUAGUUCUUGGGGGUAUUCAGUCAUCUGAUUUCUCCCACCUGCAUCCUGGUGUCAGUACAGUCCUGGGAUUGCUGUACCAUGCCCAUUUCCCUGAAAGUAUAGACUGUUCCUUAGAGUCUGUUGCCAAGCCAUCUACACUGUGCAUCCAAGUAACCAGUAUUCUGGCUCUAACGCAUUCAUAUGAACAAGAGGCUGCCCCCCCCCCAAUUAUUUGGCAUUUCAAAAGGAAAUGCACAUACUGACAACCAGGAGGGGGCAGCAGAGAGCCAGACAACCAAUGCGCGCACACUGACACAAUUUUGAACAUUAUUCUGUUUCUCCUGGGAAUAGCCAGCACAUAUGUGUAACUGACAGCUCUUGAUUCUUCACAGUCAGGGCCAAGGUAAAAAGAAAAAUAACAAACCUCAGUCUUUUAUUGCCAUCACUGCCAUCUCUAAGAAAGUGAGUCACUUCCCUGAAACCCUUGCAGAUUCAACUGAGCGUUGCCUCUGAAAUCAGUUUUUUUUUUCUUUUUCUCUUCGAGCACUACGCUCAAAAGACCUGGGGCUUCCCUCUGGAGUUAAUCUAGACUAUCUCCAUAAUUUAAAGAAGAAUCUUAAUAGGGAACACUGGCUUUAGAGCAAUGGUCUGACUCAGUCUAAGGCAUCUUCCUGUGUUCCUGUGCUUGGGAUAACACUGUGGUUUAAGAUCUUCUGAUCAUGUGGUACGUGGGGGUGGUUGAUGCCAAGGUUCUGCCUGGAGUGAACUGAAAUCAGAGCCAACACCGUUGCCCAUCUGCCCGCCUCCAAAUCUCCCCAUGCAUUUUUGCUUCAAGGUUAAGACUCUUUUGUCUGAAACCAAAAGGCUCUGUCUGAACGUGAACACAGAUGAGUGAUCCCUGAAUGUGCAUUAACCUUUUGAGGUUAGACAAUCGGAAUGGUUAAAGGCUGGAUCUUCCCCACUUUUUCAACACUUGUCCGUGCAUGCAGCAGGGAUUCAAAUCUAUAAUAGUGAUUUGACGAGGUCAAAAACCAGGAUGUGGCGUUUCCAUAGAAGUUAACCAGAGAAAAAGAGUGUGACUUUCUGAAUGUGCUAAAAGGUAAAGAGUUGUAUCCGGUGUUAGUUCUGCUUAGAGUAGAACUAUUGGAAUUAAUAGAUAUGACUAACUUAAGCUUACUAACUUUAGUGAGUCCCCUCUGAAUAAAACUUAGCUGGAUACAAACUCUAGUUUCUACAGGUCCUAGCCAGAUAGCUCUAAAUUCUUAAAUGGGAUAUUGUCCUGCCAUGACUCGGCUCUAACUUGAAAUCUAGUCUUCCACCAUUUACUUGCUUCAUAUCCCUUUGAUAUGAUCAUUGGAGUUCUGCAGGACUUAUUAUGGUCCUAGAGGUGAGCUUGUUAGAUCCACGUGAGGCACUUUGCAACAAAACUCAGACCUUUGCAAAGGAGAUAAGCUUUGUUGCAAAGUGAUCAUGAGCCUGCAAAGGUCUCUGAUCUGACUCUGUUUUUGUCCAUGUGCUUUUUAGUCUUCAGUAUCCCCUGGCCAGGGAAGAAGUGCAUUUUUGAUGACAGUGGCCACUUAAAAUCCUGUUUUGUUUAAAGAUGAAACAUCGGUAGAUCUGGUUUAAGGUCAUGCAUCAUCCUGGAUUUAAAAGGGAUGUGCUUUUGUCUCAGUCAGAAUGAGAGCUACUCUUCCCAUCUGGAAGAAAGGCAAAGGGAUUAGAAAUAGCAUUGACAGAAAGUGGCGUGGUAUUGAUUAAUUUUCAAUCUGUGUAAGAGAGAGAGCGCUGCUGCGUUUGGAUGCAACUGAUAGGAAGAGGGCUGAGUAAAUCAGAGUGGGAAUUUUGUCAAUCUGGAUUAAGUUCAUCAACUGUCUGAAUUAGGUCACUUGAAAUUUAAGAUAGCAAACCAGCCAUCUUUAUUCUCUCAAUUCACCUCCAGAUUUAUGAGAAAGUAUAUUAAUAUAAUAAUUCUGCUCAACAGGUUUUCCCUUCCCCAAUUAAAUUAUUUCAUUACCCCAAAAGCUCCUGGAGAUAUACUGUUGUUUUCCUCCCAGCAGCUGUCAUCACUGACCCACUAAUCCAGCCCUCUUCCCAGAAACCCCCAAAUCCUAAACGCCUGUCUUCUAUACUACUAGAACCCCAUUUGAUGAAAUUCCAAGUUCAUGCCCCUUUUCCCCUCUAGGCUUUACUCCCCUAUACAAAAAUACUAGCCAAGUCACCUUUGGGGUCUUAGAAGAGCUCCAUCUCAAAGUCUAGGCCAUACUAGACAUGAAUGUGUCUGAAUUUUAACAAGCACAUUUUUCUAAAUGCAAAUAUCAGCUACUCUUGAGGUGGGGCACUGAUCAUUAUCAGGAUUGCAGCAGGCAGGGAGGGAGGGGGAGUUUGACCCUUUUAUCCCCUGGUGAAAAUUGCACCUCCCAAGCUGCUGUUUCCAUUGGAAGGACAACUCCCGUUGCUUUCUUUUCAGCAGGACUGCAGCAGGAAAAGGACAAGAUCCAACUCUCCAUCCAACAGCAGUCUCGAUAACCGCUCAUUGUGACCACUACUGUGGCUGCUAUGAUAAAAAUGCAUUUAAUGUCCUGGAGAGUUUGGCUCUGUCCCCCGUGGUUUUUCCCCUGAUCAUUUUUGCCUGCUUUUAUCUCUAGCACCACAUGCAAAUUACUUCUUCCACCUCCUGGGCCAAAUCUCAUUUUUCAAACUGGACAGGGAAGUUUUUAGCAUGGUAGCUCUGGAAACGCUCAGAAUGGGUGCAAUUGAAAGAGGAGGACUUGUUCUACAGCAAUAUCAAUGGUAAACCUUACUCUUUCCACCCCCAUCCCCACCUUUUAUUGUGGAUUUGUAUACCUGUGUUGCUGGAGGAGGGGGAAUAUAACAUCCCCCUCCCCCCCUCCUCCAGAAAAAGAAAGAUGGGCAUUAUUCUUGUUUUUAAAUCCAUUUCCUUUUAUGACGAUGUCUCUUUUUUAAAGAAAAAUGUUAAUUAUUAUUUAAAUUUUAAUGUAUGCAUCUUUGGAUGAUAUGUAAACACUACAGACUUC